AUGGGCUUUAUUUUUGGUCAAGCCCAAAAACUAUUUGAGCUGACACCAAAAAAUCUCCCCCGUCAGCGCAACUUUGUGGGCUCUAAUAAAUUCGCUCUCUCCCGACAAUCUUCAAACUUGUCCUUAGGAAAGGACUCUGUAAACAUAUCUGCACCAUUCUCACUUGUUUAUGGACAUACAUAUCUUCUUUUGAACUUUAUUGAACCAUGUGUACUACUUGCUAGGUAUGAGGGUGCACGAAAUGCUGAAGCCCUUGUUUCUUAUAUUAACAAGGAGGGAGGCACUAAUGUGAAGUUAGCUGUUAUUCCCUCCAGUGUUGUGAUACUCACAUCUGAUAAUUUUGACGAUAUUGUCCUUAAUGAGAAGAAGAAUGUGUUGGUUGAGUUCUACGCACCCUGGUGCGGUCAUUGCAAGAGCCUUGCUCCUAUCUAUGAAAAGCUUGGCACUGUAUUUAAUUUGGAAGAAGACGUGGUGAUUGCUAAUCUAGAUGCCGAUACUCACAAGGAUCUUGCAGGGAAGUAUGGCGUUAGUGGAUAUCCUACGUUGAAGUUCUUUCCAAAGGGUAACAAAGCCGGGGAAGAUUAUAAUGGUGGACGUGAUUUAGAUGAUUUCGUUACUUUCAUCAAUGAGAAGUGUGGAACCAGCCGUGAUGCAAAAGGACAACUAACCGAUAAAGCUGGUAGAGUUGAGAAGUUGGACGCUCUGGUUAAGGAACUCAUUAAUGCAGGGGAGAAUGAGAACGAGAAGAAGGAAGUUUACAGUAAGAUAGAGGACGAAGUUGAAAAGCUGGACGGUUCUUCUGCAAGGUAUGGAAAAAUUUACUUGAAAGCUGUAAAGAACUAUAUGAAUAAAGGCACAGAUUAUGCCAAGAAUGAGAUCCAAAGACUUGAACGCAUUCUCGAUAAGUCCAUCAGCCCAGCAAAGGCUGACGAAUUCACGCUGAAGAAGAAUAUCUUAUCGGCUUUCGCUUGAAUUUUCGAUAGAAGAUGAGGCCGAUUUAACCUGGCUACCACAUGACGGUAUUGAAUCAACUUUUUUUUUUAAGUGAGAAAUGCUAGAUCACAUAAGUUAGGGUGGGAUUGGACAUUCUCUGUUUUACAACUAGAAAUAAAUGCAGUUAAAUGGAAGAUGUGAAUUAGUCUAUAAAGACAGUUUUUAUGUGAUUUUUUUUCUCCUUAGAAACAAAGGCUGCAAGUCAACUUGUCUUUUAACAGUCUUGAGUGUUUGUUAAAAGAAUUAAUUCUCA